AUGACGCGCUUUACCACAGCGGCCAUAGAGAUCCCUGACCUCAAUCCAGAAGUACAAUUUCACGCAUUAAAAAAUGGUCUCCGACUUGGAAAAUUCCAGGAAGCAAUAGCUAUAGUGAAGCCAAAAACAUUGGAGGAAUUUAGAGAAAAAGCAACGGGGGAUAUUGAAAUCGAGGAACUGUGUGAAGCUCGGAAAAAUGAAAAGCCUCCAUCCCGGAAGGAGGAAGAAAAACCUCACAGGUCCCAAAAUAAAGAUUCCAAAAAGUCUUUCAAACUAACUCCGAAGUUUGACUCAUAUGCUAGGUUUAACACCAAAAGAGAGGACAUCAUCAAAGAGAUAUUGCACAACAAACUAAUAAAGCCACCAAGCAAAGUAGGAACAUACCAGGAUCAGAAGUAUGUCGAUAGGAGCAAACACUGUGCAUUCAACCAUAAAUUUGGUCACACCACUGACGAAUGCGUGGUUGCUAAAGACUUGCUGGAAAGGUUAGCGAGGCAGGGCCUACUGGACAAAUAUGUCACUUCCAAAACCCAAAAAAAACCAACCAGGAACACUGACAGACUGAGCUAUAGCUCGGAUCACAAAGAAAAAGGGGCUUGGCAAGGACACGUCGAAACCCCCGCCCCUAAAGAGGUAAUAAACUACAUUUCAGGUGGUUUUGCAGGUGGAGGAACAACUACCUCAGCCAGGAAGAGAAGUUACCGAGCUAUGAUGACGAUGGAAGGAUCUCGCCCAGACUAUCAUGUCUCGGUCCCAACUCCCCAAAUUGCAUUUAGCAAUGCUGACCUCAAGUCACCCUGCCCGAAUUUUGAUGACCCGGUGGUGAUCUCAGUCUAA